GGAGUGAGGUGAGCUAAUUUUUCUAGACCACUGCGACUUCCCAUUUUAAGAGAAAGAAUGUAUCAUCUAGGUUAAGCCACGAAUGUAUCCAAAAGCCAAGAUUUUCGUGCUUGUGAAUAAAGUUUAAUGCAUGUCCAUUGCUGUGCUUUUCGUGCAUAAAGGUUGAAGAUUGUAAUGCUUUCAAUUUCACAGUGUUAGCUCAACUGGAUACAUUUAUACAGCUCCACAAAUGUUUGUGGAAAAUACCAGUUGCAAUAUGGAGGCACAAUUUUUGUAUUUAUCUUGGAGACACCCAGCCCAUAGUCGGGCAAAUUUGAAGUGUGAAGUCUUAAAAAAAUAUUUUUGGAAAUUUUGGCUUUUGACCAUAUACCUUUGAAAUACCUCAAAAUAUGGAAAGACAGCUAGUUAUAUUAAUAAAUGGGUAAGAUAUGGCCAUUAAAAAGUUCAAGUUAUUUUGGCUUCAUUCAUAAAGCUAAAAAUGCAGACCACACUACAAUGAUUUGAUGAGAAAAUAACUUUUAGAAUAGACUGGUACAUUGCUAAAACAAUCUAAUUCGAAAGGCUUUCAAACUUUAGAAAAGCUAUUUUUUGGUCAGAUUUUUAUUCACAUUUCAAACGUUGUUAUUUCAAUUUUAAACGGCAAGGAUUUUGAACAAAUUUGCACUUUUACAGCCCUGUAUCUUGAAUUACAGCUAAUGAUAUCAACUUUUUUAAACCUGGCUCGGAUCUAGAGACAGGAUUCGUAGACUAGAGGUUGAAGAUGGAGCAUAGCCACCAAAUGAGAGAAUUCAUACUACCUAUUUAUUGUAGAUCACUUUUUUCCCUAGAUCAUGGAUCUGGAUGUUGAUCGGGCGGUUGAGGUGGAUUUUAGGGAAACAGGGGGUCAAUUAACAAGAAUUUGCUAUAAAGACUAACAUUAAGAUUAUGAGGAGCAGAGUUCAAGGGGUAGCCAUUCUAGAUCGAAUUGGUCCGUGGAUUGUGAUUCUGAAUGUUGAUUGAGUGGUCAAAGUCGUUUUUUUCGGGGUUGACAGCUGUUAUACAGAUAGCAGGUGACAAAAGAGGCGAUAAAAUCUGUAAAAAGUCACGUAAAGCUAUGCACCAUUUUCUCUUGACUACCAGAACACAACCAAUAAAAACAACAAAGUAAGCCAUACAGUCAAAUCUUCCACGCCAAAACUAAUGCUAAACCACAGAGUAGAAGUUUUACAGAAGGGAAACUACUGCCCAUCAGGUGAAGCCCCAAAAAUUCUAGUGCAUGCGUUGACUAAUGGCUGUCAUUUACUCUAAAAUUAAGAUCAGAACUUCACCACUACGCAACCUAGCAUUUACACUGAACUUCAAAAAGUUUGAAUAGAUAUUACCAAUCUUAUCUCAAACACUUGGAUAUAUACAAGCGAGACUGGCCUUACUAUCUACAUUGCGCAAAAGGAAAAGAGGAAGACUUUAAAGUCAUACAACAUAUCCAUAAACGAAACAGGCAAAUACGUAUAAAGAAUAGUGGUUUUGUCCAACUCCCAACUGAAAAUACAAUCAGUCAUUUCUUCAAUUGCCAAACUUUUACCAAACCUUUAAUAAAUAAGCUACGUCUAUGAAACGUUAGCAACUCUCGUACACCAAAGAAUUGUAUAAAAUCACCAGUUUAUCCAUUACCCAAGUCCCAUCGAAUUGACAUGAAAAAAAACACUCAAUCAGUAGAAGCCUUGUUUUUGGGAUACAGGUCUCGAAACUUUUUUGGAUGUUUGAAAUUACAUCUUAUGUUUGUUCUGUCAGCAGUUUCUUGCAUCACUCGAUAGAAGUUAUGUAGAAUGAAAGUUGUGUAGAAAAACAACAAAGGUGGCGGGAGCUCGAACUUUGCUCUCCUUAGAAGGUCUUUUAUUUAUCUAAACUUAAAAUUUCUAUCUGCUAUGUUCCAAAAGCUCUGUGAACCAUCAACUCGUGUACGUUUGUGGAACAUGUUAAUGGAUGGAUCCUUUUCUUGCCAAGCUCCUUCUUGGCAAACAAGAUGUGGAAUUUUGGCAUUGGUGGCUGGUUUCGUCAUGAUGGGUCAUUGUAUCCAAGACCAAAAAUUAUUAACCGCAUUUUCGAAUUCGUUCCUUUAAAAAAUUGCAGCUCGAAACACCUUGCGUCUGAUUAUGAUUCUUUCUACUCAAAGAGGAACAAUCUCAAACAAAGCUUGUUUUAACUAAUACAGUGCGUUUUAUAUUGGCAGAUGACAUCCCUUUCUUCUUUCUUGUAUAAAAAAUCAAGUUUGAUAAUGCUAUUGAAAAUGCACGAUUGCUUUUAUAUUGUAUCUUGCCGCCUCUGCUAGCAACAAAUUGCAUCACUUUCGCUUUUCAUAAAAACAAAUAGCAAAACUGCUACCAGUAACCCAAACACACUGGCAGCGCCAACCGGUAGACUUUUUUUGGGGGGAAGGCAGUAUUUUGAACAAGACCACGCCCUUUUACCUUCAGGAGGCGCACUUUACCAACCGGGAACGCUAAUUUUGCAAAUUGCGAACGAUCACGAGUAACGUUUGGUUACUUAAAGACAGUUUCGAAAUAAAGAGCCACAUCAAAAAAUAAUGUGCCAAAUACCAACCCCCCCCCACAUUUUUCUCAUGUAAUUGUUUACAUUUUCAAAAUAAUUAGGGGGCUAAGCCCUCUCAGCCCCCUGCUUCCGCGGUCCCUAAAGAUGAUUGUUGUGAUUUCAACCAUCGUCAAGGUGAACGUUGAGUUUUUGUCACGACAAAUUACCAGCGGUUUCUUAGAACCUCGAUGAAUGGACUGAAGUUUUUUCUCUCUGAACUCUUGGGAGUGGCUGUUUGAUGGCCUAGAAGGUAAUGCCAUUGAAAGGCAAAGAAAUUAAAUGCAAAACUUAUGUUAUAAUCUCUCCGGUAUCAAAGACAGCCUUUUUAUUUUGUGUAUAAUGUGAAUCUUGGGCAAUCUGGUUCAAAAUUGGAAAAUAACUAAAUUGCCAAUUGUAUUGCUCUGAAGACGAGGAAAGCAUUGUUUGAAUCUUUAUAUGAAAUAAAUUUAUACCAAACUAUGAUAUUUCUCAGUCAAGCGAGGUUUUUAUAUUCGCGUAUCUAAAAGGAAGCACACUUUCUAGCGUUUCUGUCGAAAUGCGGACUGUCAGGUUCAUCCUGUUUUAUGACGUCAUAGCGGAUCGUAAACCGAGGUUGCAAGGCGAGCGCUGUUGCUGUUCCUUGUUGAACUUUCGACAUCACCAGUAAGUAAGAGGUAAAAUGCGGUAAAAGCAGAAGAAUAUUUUGUGGCAAUUCUCAACGUUUAUUAGAUUUUGAAAUAACAAGGGACAUGAAUAAAGAAAAACAUUUUGCUUCGGAAGACCCGAAAAGAUGGCGGGACAUGAUACCAAGCAGCGCUGUGCACCUUAUGGCCGGUGGUAUUGGUGCGACAAUGGCAUCGGCAACAACAUGCCCUCUUGAAGUCGUACAGACGAGAUUACAGUCAACAUUUUUAAAAAGCUUUGAUGUAGUUCAGUCACCUGUAUUGAAUUUAGCUGGUCAAAGUGGGGUUAGCACUCUGCACUUGCCUGGAGGGUUUACGUUUCAUGCACAGCCAUUUCUGAGGAGGAAUUACCUGUACCAACUAUUUUCAUACAUGAGAUACAUGGUUAGGACAGAGGGUACUUCUUCGCUUUUCAGAGGCCUAUUACCCAAUGCUCUUGGAGUUGCACCAGCAAAGUCAGUUUAUUUUCUCGUUUACUCGAAGGUUAAAUCGACAUUGAACGAGUCUGCAUACUUUGAGAGUGAAAGUAGGCCCGUUUUUACGUUAGCGGCCGUUUGUGCUGGUUUGUCAACAAGCACUGCGACAAACCCAGUUUGGUUUAUCAAAACGCAAUUACAGCUGCACCAUAACCAACAAAAACUCACUAUUUUGGACUGUGUUCAAAAUGCAUAUAGAACUCAUGGAAUGAGAGCAUUUUUCAGAGGCAUGAGUGCCUCAUAUGUAGGGAUUUUCGAAACAAUAAUUUAUUUCAUUGUAUAUGAGGAUAUCAAAAAGCGCUUGAAAAGCCACAGACACUUGACAAAUAAAGAAAAAUUUCACAUAUCAGAUUAUGUAUUUGGAUCAGUUGCAUCAAAGUUGGCAGCAACAGUGAUAAUGUACCCCCAUGAAGUAGUAAGGACAAGGUUGAGACAGGAUAUAAAGGAUGGAAAUAGUGGACAAUUGAAAUAUAGAAAUUUCAUACAAACAUUGCUAACUGUUGCAAAGGAAGAGGGACGUGUUGGACUAUAUGGUGGCUUUGGUACCAACUUAGUUAGACAAAUUCCAAACACUGCAAUAUGUUUUCUGGUAUAUGAAGCUAUUAUCAAUUUUUUUGAGGAAGAGAGCUGAUUGUUUGAAAAGAUUUAGAGUAAUUUAUAGUUGAUAUUUACCUUUUAGCUGUUGAACAGUAGAAAAGCUACUUAAUUGCACUAUGAAUAAUGAAAAUGUUAAUGAUUUCAAUUGCAGAGGGGAAAUAUUUCCAUCGGUGGGUAUAAAACUUCUAUUUUAGUGAUUCAAUUAUUAUGCUAAUUUUGAGUGCAUGCAUUAACAUGCAUCUCUUGCAAAAGGCCUAUAUGAGGUUUAAAAUGAAUGCACACAUGCUGAGAUUUGCGCUCGUGCAUUAGCACCAAAGUUACAAAACCUGUAUAUACAAUAUCCAUUUCUAGCUAUUCUCAAGUACCCAUUCAACAGUUUGAAAUAUUGUUUGAUAUCUUGAAUUUCUUGUGUUCAUAACUUAAACUGACUUUAAUUUAGAGUAUCUAAGAUUGCAAGAGUAUCUGAAUGCAAGACCAUUAUUCCUAACAUUCCCCAUCUAUCUAGCAUCAACUUUUUAACAUCUAGUAGUCCUUGAAUAUUGAAAAUUGAAAGCCAGUCUCCAGUAGCAUAGUUUAAAAAUAAAUUUGGCAUGGUAGAAGCAUAUAAUUAUGCCAUAUUUGCUAUAAGCAAUACUGCCAGCAAAUGAAAAAUCAAAGUAAGAACUACUUACUGAUAUUUGGAAACUUGCCUUUUAAGCUAUAUUAACAAAUCCAAAAUUUGAAGCACUUAGUGAAAAAUAUAAUUGAGUUUUGUCUCUAUAUUCAUGUUGUUUUUAUGUAGUUGUGUCAUAGCCAUUUGCAAUUUUUGCUGAAGAUGUUAGUAUAUUGCUGUGUGUAAAAAUUAGUCCUUUUUUCAUCCCCAUGUUUUUAUGUUUGAAAGGUAUGUACUCCUCAAGUUAAGUUUUCUUUUCCCAAAAUGCUUUGAAAUUCAAUGCUAGCAAACAUUUCUAAAUAUGUUGCAAAAUGCUUUUGUUAUAGUUUCUGUAUCAGCUCAAGUUAAACAUCAAUUUUUUUCAUAGAAUAUAUUUCUACAUUCUUAUCUCUUCUCAUGUUGAAUGAACUGUUAUGCUUGCUAUAUUCUUUAGCAGUUAAUAAACAGACUGUUUUGACGCAUUACACAAAGGUGUAAUUAAUUGUGUUUUUGUUGUAAUCUAUUGUUUUGUCUUGACUAAAAGUUAGAUAUCACACUAAUAGUCAUUCACAUUAAGUUUGGCUGUUUCAUAAUGUAGUUAUUAUCAUUGAUAGUAUUUCUCAUUUUAGUUGAGUUCUAACAAAUGUUGAAUUUCUGAAGAUGUCUGCCUCAAGUUUUCAUUUAUUGUAUAUAUGACAUCUUUGAAAAAUAAA